AUGUCUCAACAGCCGACCGCGCAACCAAAGUCGGUCCUUCGGGGCCAUCGCGCCCAGGUGCACACAACGGCCUUCGUCAGGCGUAACCAGCGCCUCGCAUCGGGCGACGCAGACGGCUUUGUCGUGCUCUGGGACCUGACCAUCAUGCGUCCGCGCGCCGUCUGGCGCGCUCACACGAAUGCCAUACUGGGUAUAUCCGACUGGGGUGACGACAAGCUCAUCACAGAAGGCCGAGACAACCGCCUCAUAGUGUGGAAGAUCACCGCCGAGGACGAGGCCGCGCUCAGCAUCGCGCUGCCGCUUGACGAGGCUGCGCCUGAGCGUCCGCAGCCGUGGGUCGUGCAUAUUCUCGAGAUCAACACCAUGAACUUCUGUUCCUUUGCAUCAUGCGCCGCGCGGUCCGAUGUCGCGUCUGAAGAGGAGCUGCUAGUCGCCGUGCCCAACACGUUGGCAUCAGAAGCAGUCGACAUCUACCAGCUCCCGAGCCAGAAACGGCAGCACACCGUGCACCUCGGCAGCAAAGCGGAGCAGAAAGGCAUGGUCAUGGCGCUGCGUCUGUUCUGGCACCACCACGGAUCGCUGGUCCUGGUCGCCGGCUACGAGAACGGGCUCGCGAUAGUGGCGCAGCGGCGGUGCGGCGGCUCGUGGGACGUCGUCUACAAGACGCAGGCGCACAGCCAGCCGGUUAUCUCGCUCGACGUGGCGCCGGGUAGGGAGUACUUCCUGACGUCUAGCGCCGACGCCGUGAUCGCGAAGCAUCCCAUUCCCAACGCUGGCGCGCCCGAAGUGUCCGUCACGACGACGGAAACCAGGACUACAGAGAAGACGGCAGGGAUGGGACAGGAGAGCGGCGCUGAUCCCUCACUCCUGUCUGCGGGCUUUGGUUCUUCGUCUACACCUACAUCCGAAUCUUAUGUAUCGGCAUCCGCAUCCGGAACCAGACCACCCAAGAAAACCGUCCUACCGGUCGAGACGCAGCCGCUCAAGACGGUCAACACCAAGCACGCCGGGCAGCAGGACCUGCGGAUCCGGUCCGACGGCAAGAUCUUCGCGACGGCGGGCUGGGACUCCAAGGUGCGCGUCUACUCGGCCAAGACCAUGGCCGAGCUGGCGGUGCUGAAGUGGCAUGAUGUCGGGUGCUACGCCGUCGCGUUUGCUGCGCUGGAGGAUGCGAACAACACGACGGCGUGCGGAAAGGCGGAGGAAUAUCAGAAUGCCGAAGGACGGGGGGAGAGUGAGGAGGGCUCAGCUGCUGUUGCUACUACUACUGCGUCGAAGGGCAAGGAGACGGCGAUGACAGCCAUGUCUAAUAAGCUGGGCGACCUCAGCGUCAAGGACAGGCGCAUCAAGCUGGCCAAGGAAGCGCAUUGGCUAGCGGCGGGAAGUAAAGAUGGCAAGAUCAGUCUCUGGGAUGUAUAUUAG